UGGCAUCCAUUGGGAUCGGCCAUUUUGAUUACAUAAAAUCCAUUUAAUAGAAUCCCGUGAUCACGCGUAAACGCAUUGAGCUUUGACCGUCCGACGUCGACGUCACAGCUAAUCCCGUUGGUACUUCCAAGCACCAUAAUUGCAAUUACUUCCAAGCACCACAAUUGCAAUUAUUUCCUUCGAUUGUCAUAGACUAUUUGAGAUCAGAAUGCCUGAGAUAGGAGAGAUCGCGCGCGUCGUACACUAUUUAAAAAAGCAUGCAUUAGGCAAGACUAUAGCAAAAGUCCAAGUGCAAGAAGAUGAUAUCAUAUACGGCAAAGUAGGCACGUCUGCUUCAGCCUUCCAAAAAGCCAUGACUGGAAAGAAGAUUAUCGGAGCGAGGCAACAAGGGAAAUAUUUCUGGCUCGAGAUGUCUUCUCCUCCACACCCACUGAUGCAUCUCGGCAUGACUGGAUGGGUCAAAUUCUCCAACGAUGACAGCUCCUACUACAAGCCUGCGAAGGAUGAGGAGCAACAGUGGCCACCAAGGUUCUGGAAGUUCAUACUCGAGCUAAAAGAAGACCAAGAUACGCAGGUUGCAUUUGUAGAUCCGCGUCGCUUAGGUCGCAUUAGGCUCGUCGAUGUCGAUGCCACUAAGAUGCGAAAUACUACUCCGCUUAAAGAGAAUGGACCUGAUCCGGUCAUUGACAAAGAAAUCCUCACGGUAGAAUGGCUCACUGCCAAGCUUAGGAGUAAAAGGGUGCCCGUUAAAGCAUUGAUGCUGGACCAGGCUAAUAUCAGUGGUGUUGGCAACUGGGUUGCCGAUGAGGUUCUGUAUGGAGCUCGCAUCCAUCCAGAGCAAUACAGCAACACCUUGUCCGAUCCUCAAAUCAAAACGCUACACGAAUCACUCAUCAAUGUCUGUACUAUCGCUUGUGAGACACUGUCCGAUUCCAGCAAAUUUCCGGAUAAUUGGUUAAUGAAGCAUCGUUGGGGCAAAGGAAAGAAAGAUGGCGGUAAAUUACCAUCUGGUGAGAAGAUUGUGUUUCUCACGGUCGGCGGAAGAACGUCUGCUGUCGUACCAAGCGUACAAAAGAAGACAGGCCCUGUCGCUGGCGACGUCGAUGGGGAUGGUGACACUAAUGAGAAGGAAACAAAACUUAAGGGAAAGGGUGCAAAGCGAAAAGUUGAACAGGAUCAAGAAAAGGAGGAAGACAGACCUAGUACUACACAGGCGAAUAGGACGAAUAAGGCAUCGAAGAGUUCAGAAACGCCCGACAAAGCAGCAAAGAAACAGAAAGUAAAGUCUGAAGCAAAGACCGAGUCGACGAAGAAAGGGCGCAAGUCGAAAGAGACAACCAAUGGUUCCGAAACUACGCGACGAAGGUCCACAAGACUGAGCGGCGCCUGAGAUCGUGGAGAACAUGACCGUUGCACUUCGAUUGAUGGAAGGCAUUAUGUACGUGUUACUGGAUUAUGUAACAGGACAGCGUUAUUCGAGCUUCUCUUCUCGAGUACACAUCCAAACGACGAACUCAUAGUCGCUUUGGAAAGUGUAUGCUGAGAAUAUUGGUUCCAGUAGGGUCGAGGCCUUGUGUCGUCCCGAAUAAAAGUGGUACCCACGAUUUUCGAAGAGAUCAGCAGUGGUACAAUACCGGCAUAUAUCGUGUGCCAGUGCCGGGCAUGAUGGACUGCACCAGUCGCAGUCCAAAGUCGCUCAUCUAUACAUAUGUAUAUAUAUAAAUACCAAUCUUAGACUGACUUUCGGGGCCAAUACCAGGG